AUGAACACAAAAUCAAGCCCAGGAUAAAUUGAAUUCAUUCGCGAUGGAUUUAAAAUAAACAUUAGAGGUGAUGGUAGAAAGAAUGAUUAGAGCAGAGAGUAUUUAAUUUAAACAGGAUAGCUCAAACAAGCAAAUGGAUCAAGUUUUAUUAGCUUAAAUGAUAACAGUGUAAAUAUUUAUACAGGAAUCAAGGUAGAAAUAGGUGAAACUGAUAACGAUGAAGGAAAAAUUAUCUUAAAGAUAGAAUCUGCUCAAAGAACUGAACAAAAUAGAGAUUAAGAAAAUCAUAUUAAUAGCGAUAAGAACACUUUGAUUUAUUUAGAAGCCUUGCUAAAUAAGUAUCUGAUUCAGAAUAUUUGUAAAAAAUCACUUUGCAUAGUUGAAAAGAAAAAAUGUUGGAUUCUGAAUAUAGAUGUUUUUAUUUUGGAGUCAGUAGAAAUAGCUUAUUUAAAUUUAAUGGCUGCUGGUAUUAAUGCUGCCCUUGAAGAUUUGGUGUUACCUAAAAUAUCAAUCACUCAUAAUAAUUUAACAAAUGAAGACGAAAUUACUUUAAUUGAAGAAUAGUUUUAAUCCUUUUCAAUUUCAAGAGACUUUAAAAUGCCUAAAAUCUUGCUUAUUGGAUAAAUUGAUAGGAUUCUAGUUGGAGAUCUUACUGUAGAUGAAUACUAUUCAGUAGAAAAUAAGUAUAUUGUUGUUGUUGAUGUUUAUGAAAACAAAAUUAUUUCAAUUAAAAAAACUGGAUCUGGUUUCUUACCUCCUGAAGAUUAUGCCAAAAUAGUAUAAUUUGCUCUUUCUUCUGCCUUGAAAAAGUGA